AUGGAAAAUAUAUCGCCAGCCGAGUAUGAAGCGCUCAUGAACGGGCCAGCGCUACACCCUCCGCCCGGGGUGACCCCAAAUUUUGAUCAUCCAGAUACACUGUCUGUUUAUGCGGUUCCAACUGUCGCUUUGGCAAUAUCCUUCUCGACUCUUGCUCUCGCAAUGCGAAUAUAUACGCAACGGCGUAUAGCGCGGCCACUAUACUGGGAAGAUUAUACUGCUGCUCUAGCCUGGGCCAUGUUCAUUGGUUGGUGUGCUCCAAACUUAAUCGCUGCGCGGCAUGGAGGGGCACAUCAGUGGAAUACUCGAUUAAGAGAUUUCUUCGAAAUGCUCUAUGUUUGUUGUGCCUCAAUCGGACGGCUCGUCUACAUAAUCAUACUUUUCGAAACCAAAGACCAAACCCGGGCAAUUAUCGCACCAGGCCUUUGCGGCAUCGCAGAAGUCUCUCUCGGACUAAUCUGCACAUGCCUCCCUACAAUACCCAUGUUCUUCACAGUCAUGCGUUCCCAACUCCCUCAACUCUCCAUCUUAGGCUUCACCCCAUUCAAAAACUCAACCGCCAUCCCUCAACUCGAUUCCGCAUCCUCUACCUUCCGCACCACACAUCUCAACCAUGAUUCUAUAUGGCAUGACUCUGUUGGUGAUAAGGGAUCCGCAAGAACCGUUCAUGAGUUGGAGAGUUGGCAGAUGACUCCAAGAACGGCGGAACUUCUCGUCCAUAUUAGUAGUCCUGGGCGGAGAAAAGGCCAGGAUAGGGAGUUGGAGGAGGGGAAGAUUCUGCAAACUGUGAGGGUGGAGGUGGAGGCGAACGAUAUUGGGGGGAGGAGUUAUUACGAUGGUAGUUAG